UGUAACAUUGCCGGUGGGCCGAAUGGUGCCAUGGUGGUGCCGCGGUGCCCUCGCUGCCUUGGUCCUACUGGGCCCCGAGAUCGCUGCAGACCGCCCCGAGGAUAUCGAGGGGAGCUCGGUGGAAAGCACCUUCGACUUUUCGCAAGUGAGCUUUGCGCAACCUGUGGCAGAUGACGACUUUGAAGAUGCGUUUUAUGAAUCGUCGCAGUCUCCCGAGUUCGUCCGUGCCGAGGAGCCAGAUCCAUCAGAUGGAUCGUGCUGUUCGGUGCAAGAUGAAACGGCCUUGAGGGCAUGUGCCAACAAGACCUCUCCCAUCGGCGCUUGCAAUGAUCCUCCGCUGGUCAUGGUGGUCUCGCAUGCUCCCAGAAGCAUUCACUAUGCCGCUGCAACUGCUGCCAUGAAUGCCAUGUGGAGUGCUGACCGAGGAUAUCCCUUUGUGCUGGAUGAGAGGGAGCCCGCUCAAUGGAUCUCCAGCCGAGUUGAGGUGAUCCCCCACUGGCUCCGGAGAUGUCGUGCCGAGGGCAUCGAAUGGAUGCUGUGGCUGGACUCCGACGCCUUUCUGCUGGCGCAAGAGGAUAACUUCAAUCAAGUGCGGAAGGCCAUCAGGAAGUAUUCGGAUAGCAACACUCAGAUUAUGCUCACCAGGGAAGUGGAUUCAUUUCUGGAUCCCAGAGCGCCCUGGGACGAUGGUAAUGUGGGUGUGAUGCUGCUACGAUGUAGUGAGUGGACGCUUUCACUCAUAGAGAGGGUCAGGAGAGAAUGUCUUGCUGAACAAAAGCAAGAUGAAGACACUCUGGAGAGGUUGCUCUACACUGAGGAGUAUGAGGCGCAAGGGAUGCUGAAGCGGAUGCCCCCGCAGGCGCUGAACUCCAUGGGACACAACCAGAUCUUUGGGCCAAACGCUUCGUUGCAAGCGGUCAUUCACCUGAAUGAUAUGCCCUUUGAAAUCCGCAACCACACCAUCUAUGCUGCCUUUCGCGCUCAUUGUGACCUUCCACCCGGUUCCCAAGUGAACUUCACAGUGCUGAAAGCUGCCUUCGACAGCAGCACCUUCUCCCUCGCCUCGCAGGACUUUCGGGAAGCCGGCACUUCCAGGUGGGCGUUUUACAUGGCGCGGCGACUGAAGGAACAGAAACGUUUCCAGGAGACAGAAGAUUUGCUGCGUUGGGCGGUGGACGGUCUGCGGACGGAGAUUGGAGAGCAGAAGGUGGAUACCCUCUUCGGGAAGUCUGUCCUGGCGAAAUUCCUUGGAAGCAUCAACCGGACGGAAGAAUCUCUAGAGCUCUUCCAAAAUGCGGUGGCCAUGGGGAUCAAAGUUCUGGGUGCUCACAAUCCCGUCAUGAUCGAAUGGCACGAGAUACUGGCUACGCUAUUACAAUCCCAAGGACGCCUGAGUGAAGCGGCAGGUUCCUUGCGACAAGUCGUGCGAGGGCUUCGACGCUGGAAGGAAGAGGUGAAGGUGCGGCUGAUCGCGGAGAAGUUACGCUUGGUGCUACUGUUGAACGGUACCUCAUUUGUUCCUGGGGUGGAUGAACUGAUCAACGAGACGGCAUCGAAUUUGCCCGAUGCCAUCGACAGCAUCGCCCGACAGCGGCUCGUGAAGGCGAAUGAGAAAUCCUCCAAGUUCAUUCUGGAGAACAACCUCAACCAGGCCGAAAACGCGCUGAAACGCGGCCUGGAGAAAGCCAGUUUGGUUCUACCCAUCACAGAUGCAGACUUGCUGGCCACGCGCCUAAACUUAGGAGCCUUGAAGCAACGCACCGGAAGGUGGGAAGAGGCGUUGAUCGAGUUUGAGGAAGUGUAUCAAGUUCAGGCCAGUACAUUGGGCCCUGAGCAUCGCGAUAGCAUCGCCACCUCCAAAGCCAUCGUGCAAAUUGAGCUGGGCACAGGACAAAAUCAGCUGCAUGUGCGAUACACCAAUGCCAUGCACAAACUCUCCGCGGCCACCAACCGCUUUCUGGAACGCACCAAAUGGACCCAUGGUCGAGACGACAAGAGUGUGUCGAAUCUACUGGCGGCCAUCCAAAAGGCUGAGCCGAAGUUGGGGAAGCACAGUCAGGGUGUGCUGAAGGCCAAGUUCAGUGUAGCCGCCGCCUUGGCACAUCAGGGCAGGAGCAAGGAAGCUUUCCCCGUUUGGCGCACGGUGCUACAAGAUCAGCUGAGGUAUUUGGGGCCGUUCCACCAGGACACGUUGGAAAGCUUGAGGGAAACCUUGCUCUGGAUCUACCAGGAAGGGACCUGACCAUCGUCACGACCAUCGUUACGACCGACGGAAGAGACAUGUCGUUAAAACGAGACGAAAAGGGCUUCGAAAUGCCCGUGAAACUAACGGGUUUCUGAUGGAUUGAAAUACAUGGUCAUGAAAGUUCUAACGUGCAUGGUUGAU